AUGUUUGUCACUAAAGUAUAUCUAUUCUCUCUCCUGAUACUUAUACUAUCGAACCAAAUUUCAAGUGAACCAAUAUCUCUCACUGACAAAACAUGGAAAGAUAUGUUAUGCGGCCAAUGGAUGGUUGAAUUUUAUGCACCGUGGUGUCCAUCAUGUCAAUAUUUUACAUCCAUAUGGAAUGAUUUUGCCAAGGAGAUGAUUUCUAAAGAGAUUAAAGUAGCUGCAGUCGAUAUUAAUGAUUAUCCUUCAUUAUCUGGUCGCUUUCGCAUUUCUGUCUUGCCGACAAUCUAUUAUGUUCGCGAUGGCGUUUUUCGUCAAUUUAAUGGUGAACGUACAUUAAGUGGUUUAAAAAAUUAUAUUGAACUUCAAGAAUGGCAACGUACAGACCCAGUCUCAUCAUUUGCUGCCCCAAAUAGUCUUCCAAUGUCAAUAAUCAGUUCAAUUUUCGACGUCUCUGUACUAGUCAAGGACGCAUAUACAAUUUUACAAGAUACAUAUGGAUGGCCUCCAUGGCUCAUCUAUAUAUUCUUUACUGUUGUUGUAAUUUUCGUUGGACUUGUUCUUGGAUUUGGUGUCUUAAUGAUAAUUGAUUAUUGUGUAACUGGUACGGUUAAAGAUGAUAUAAAUAAUCUAGCAGAUGAUGCAAAAGAUGUUGAAGAUUUGGACGAUAAUGAUUCACAAAAAAUACUCAAACCUAAAACAGCGCCGAGUUCUGUUCCGAAGCUGAUUGCUUCAUCAACACCACAACGUAAAACAAAAUCAAAUAUUUCAUCGUCCGCUACGCAAAUUCAGGAUGAUGAAGCACUGCUCGAUGAAAUUCUUGGAGAUGAUAAUGAUGAUAGCGAAGGAUUAAAUACAUCCGAUAUAGCACAAGCAACUGAUGAAGAUGAACAAACGCCAAAUGUAGUCAUACGCCAACGACGUAUAAAUAAAUGA